CUUGAAGUGACACCCCGUCUGUGUUGGCAACUUGGAGGAGCAUAUUUAAUGCCGCCCAAAGGUACAACCAGGAAGAAGGCCGUGAACGACGGUUCCACCACUCAUACGCCUACUCUCGCCGAGCAGCUGUCAUACCUGCAUAGCCCUCGUCUAUUCAAGAACACCAACUACGCCAAAAAUGCGAAUCGUCGAACCAAGAACCUGAAAACCGUUCUAGGUCAGGAACGGGAGAGAGAACGUGUCGAAAGGGAGAGGCGGAGACAAGAGAGAGAUAGUCAGGCGAUGGAUAUCUAUAGCGAAGUUAAGAAAGAGCUUGUUGAAGCGAACGAGGAAAUGCCAACAUACCUAUCGAUCGAAGCACCCCCGUCUGUUCUGCCACAGAGACACUACUGUGAUAUCACGGGGCUAGAGGCACCGUAUACCGAUCCUCGCACUGGACUGAGGUAUCAUGACAAGAACGUGUAUGAACUUAUUAAGAACCUUAGCCCAAGCGCGGCGAAGGACUAUUUGGCUGCAAGGGGCGUAAAUCCCGUUGUCCGAUAGCCUGUCAUUUCGAUUGACAUCCAUGGAGAUGGAUUCAUCAUCAUUCCCACCGUGACUCUGACUAUUAUGCAAUAGUGGCCAUUGCAUGCCUGAUUGUACAUGGCUAUCUUGGAUGCACAAUUGCUUGCUCGAGCUUGCACUGCAGCUGUAUGGGAUAUAGGGAUGGGAUGUGUGACAAACAUAGACAUUUCUUCAAAUAACUAACAUGAAAACCCUUGGUGGGUGGUUCUUUGCGAGUUAUAAUCGUACGCGUCAGUGAGAUUUUGUUUAUUAUCGUGUCGUAACUAAACGCGCCUCCGC